GCCCGAUGGCGAGUUUUGCAUCGAAGAGGCUGGCGCAGGAGCGCGCGGCCUUUAAGAAGGAUCACCCGUUCGGGUUUUACGCCAAGUACGCGCCCAACGAGGACGGCAAGGGCCAGAACGUCUUCAAGUGGAACUGCGGCAUCCCCGGCAGGGCGAAGGGGCCCUGGGAGGGUGCGACGUACGCGCUGACCAUGGAGUUUACGGAGGACUACCCGAGCAAGCCGCCGAAAUGCAAGUUCAUGCAGGUGAACGGGAGGCCCCUCUUCCACCCGAACAUCUACCCAUCGGGGACCGUGUGCCUGAGCAUCCUGAACGAGGACGAGGAUUGGAAGCCCGCCAUCACCAUCAGGCAGAUCCUCCUGGGCAUCCAGGAUCUGCUCGACAACCCCAACGCGGCCUCGCCGGCCCAGGAGGAGCCCUACCGCAUGUUUUCCACCGAUAAGGUCGAGUACCUCCGCAGGGUGAAGCUGCAGGUGGGCGAGGUGUCUGGGGGCGCGCAGGGCAAGUGA